AGACCAAGGGGGAGGGGGAGCAAGAGCCAGGCGAGCCCGGGGGUGGGAGCGUGGGUGCAGGGCUUCCCUGGGAGAGCAGGAAGGCGGGGGCACCAGAAGCAGCCCGCCAGAGCCCAGCAGCAGCGCCUGGCUGAGGCAGAGGAGGCGGCGGCUGCACUGCGGAAUAACGGGAGCUGGAGAGGAAGAGGGAGGCUGCUGCUCUUGCUGCUGCUGCCGCCGCCGCUGGUCCCUGGUCCAAGCAGCGCCCAGGUUUAUUGUCUGUUUACAAGCACAAAAAUGGCUGCUUCCUCCUCUUGCAACGUGGAAGACGACGAGAGCCUGAAAGGCUGUGAACUCUAUGUUCAGAAGCAUAACAUCCAGCAGAUUCUGAAAGAGUGCAUUGUGAACCUCUGCAUAGCAAAACCUGACCGGCCCAUGAAGUUCUUACGGGAACAUUUUGAGAAACUGGAAAAGGAAGAAUGCAAACAGAUCCUGGCUUGGCAGAAAUCCAAUUCCCAGUCCGAUUCCCACGAUGACGAGAUUUCUCCUCCUCCGCCUAACCCGGUGGUCAAAGCUCGACAUCGAAGAGGAGGUGUCAGUGCCGAGGUGUACACCGAAGAAGAUGCCGUUUCUUACGUCAGGAAGGUUAUCCCAAAGGACUACAAAACGAUGACAGCUCUGGCAAAGGCCAUCUCCAAGAACGUGCUCUUCGCUCACCUUGAUGAUAAUGAGAGGAGUGACAUAUUUGACGCCAUGUUCCCUGUGACGCACAUCGCUGGAGAGACUGUCAUACAGCAGGGAAACGAAGGAGACAACUUCUAUGUCAUUGAUCAAGGAGAAGUGGACGUGUAUGUGAAUGGCGAAUGGGUCACCAGCAUUGGAGAAGGCGGCAGCUUCGGAGAGCUUGCUCUCAUCUAUGGGACGCCCAGAGCUGCCACCGUCAAAGCCAAGACAGACCUCAAGCUUUGGGGCAUUGACAGGGAUAGCUACAGACGCAUCUUAAUGGGCAGUACGUUGAGAAAGCGGAAGAUGUACGAAGAAUUCCUCAGCAAGGUCUCCAUUUUGGAAUCGCUGGAUAAAUGGGAGCGGCUGACGGUAGCAGAUGCACUGGAGCCCGUCCAGUUUGAAGAUGGAGAAAAAAUUGUCGUACAGGGAGAGCCAGGAGAUGACUUUUUCAUCAUCACAGAGGGCACGGCUUCUGUCCUUCAGCGUAGGUCUGAUAACGAGGAGUAUGUGGAAGUUGGACGGCUUGGGCCAUCAGAUUAUUUUGGGGAGAUAGCACUUCUGCUCAACCGGCCCCGGGCUGCCACCGUGGUGGCACGCGGGCCCCUGAAGUGCGUCAAGCUGGAUCGACCUCGCUUCGAACGAGUCCUUGGCCCUUGUUCGGAAAUCCUCAAGAGGAACAUCCAGAGAUACAACAGUUUCAUUUCCCUCACCGUCUAAGUUCUUUCUGUCAUGGCCUUUUUAUGUCAAAACGUGUGCACUUAAAAUUCAACCCGUGCCAUUCCAUAGCUUUACAAUGAAAACGUGCAUUUUAUGUAUAUUUUUUUCAUGGUCAUGUCAGGUGUCUGGAUAUCCAUUUGUCACUGUUUAAAAAGGGGUAGACCACAGAGAUCUGGAUUCAAGAGGCUUUGGGGAACCAGUGGGAAUUGUCCGAUUUAAUUACAUUCCAAAUUGUCCUCAGCACUGCCCCCUUCCGCCCCAGGCCAUUUUAAUCAUACAUUUUUAAACAUCAGAAGCCAUGUACGUACCUAUUUCAGCACGGACGUGAGCUGGUUUUGCUGAAAUGCCAGUUUAAGCCAUGUUUUGUUAAACUGCAAACACAAAUGUUUAUUUACUACUUGAAUAUUUAGCUUUUAAUGCUCUUUUAAAUUGACUGUUUUCCAAGGUCCUGUAUCACAACAAUGCUUAUUCUAGUGAGGAUAUGUUAAUGAAGACAACUUCAGUCCAAUUCAGUAAGAUGACUUUCCCCCCAGUACAAACUUGAUCAAAGUGUGCAUUGAAGCACUUAAUAAGCUAGGCAUUCGUAUUGCCAGUUGGUGAGAAGAAUCUUGCAACUCCAAUCCAGAGUGGAAAUGCAACAAGAUUCUUCUCACUGCUCAGCAGGAAAACUCAGAUAUCUGGUUCAGCAAAUUGUUAAUAUGCACAUUGUGGUCAGCUACCCAUUGGCAAAUUGUCAUCUGUAUGGAUGGAUGUGAAACCCGGAAGAGGGUUUUAAAUGACCGAUUUAUGUCUUUAACACCUGCAGAAUUUGUUUCUUUGCAUCCUCAGCGUGGGUUUUGUAACUAUUUGCAAAUAUCCACAAUCAAAUCUGAUACUUAAAAAGCCAGGAAAUGUGUUGAAUUCUCACAACGCUUCAUCUCAGCACUACUUCAAGAGAAAAACUUGUGUUUAGAUUUUAGUUAGGUUUCCCAUCAGUCAGACUCUCUGGAUUUAACACCCUGAUCAAGUUGCCCUUGAAUAUGUUACUCCACUUCUAUACAGCAAGCACGGUCCAGUAGAAAAUUCUCUUUGGCAUUCCCCAUCAGGAUUUCUUAAAGACACCAAGAGGCCCAGGGCCUGAAUAGUCAUUGACGCCUGCUCUGGUCUUGCCUUUUUCAUGACUUGGAGGGUACUCUUUGCCCCCCAAAGGGUGUGAACCCCAUUGAACUGAAUGGAAGCUGCACAACAGAAGUGUCCCAUUCAUUCAUUUCAAUGGGGCUUGCCCAGCAUUGUGCAUUUCUGCUGCAGUGUGUUGUCUCACCUCAAUUUCACACCACGAUCCUAUAUUGCAACUAGUGUUUCCGAUUUAUUUCCACCCACUUUCAUAGGUCUUUGUAAUCUGUAUUUAUUGUUCUUAUUUACAACCUUGAUUAUAGUUUUUGCAUGUGUUACGAAAUGUGGAAAAACAGAUGCUGUGUUAGAUAACUGGUAAUUUAUUGGCACCCAAUGAAAAAUCAUUUUUAAAAAUCAACUCGAUAUCAUCAACCUCAGAUAAAACUCAUUUCUGUGAA